AUGGAAAAUCUAAAGGCAGACUCCAACAAGGUCGAUCCAGAGACGGAGAAAAAAGUCGUCGACGAAGCACAAGCAGCCAAAGACGCGCAGGCAGAGGCAGACAACCUCAAAACCCAAGCAGCCGAGGCCAAGGACGACGCGGGGCGGGAUGCACUGCUGGACAAGGCACGCCAACGCGAGGAGGACGCGCGUGGCCACUCCCAGGAGGCUACACGGAUCGCAAGCGGCGCGUGGCAGGGCACGAUUGGAGGCGUCGGGGUCGGAACUGGACUAGGGACGGGGACAGGUGCCGUCGUCGGCACUCUGGUUGGCACCAUUGCUUCUAUACCGUUUGCUGGCCUGGGGGCUCUGGUUGGGCUCCCCGUUGGCAUGAUCCACGGACCCUUUGUUGAAGGAGGUCAAGACGGAGAUCGGGAGAAGCCUCCGUCGGAAGACGAGCAACAUCGUGCUGUUAUCCGGGCCUUGGAUCAAUCGCAGGGCGAUUGGGAAGGGCUGAAGUCUGCUGGUGAUAGGGAUGAAUGA